GUUUAACCGACGGUUAAAAGUAGAGCGCGGAUUGGUUUCCUGUGAGCACUUCCGGCGUUAGCGGCAGCAGUCAGUGCAUGUGUUUUGGAUUUGUAUUUAUUAAAGUUACAUGUAGCUGAGUCACUGAACCACAACACACAAAUCGUGUGUUUUUCCUUAAAUACGGACAAAGCGAGAUUGAGCUAUGAAUCCCGUCUUUCGAAAGUUGCAGGUGUCUUUCACACAGCAGGCAUUCGUGUUAAAUCAGGCACUUACAUUAUGCCGGGCCACACCAUCAAUCCAGCAUCCUGUUUGGGGCACAGCUUCUGCAAAUGAAAGGCAAUACCACAGCAUGCCAACCCACGGGGUUGGGAGAUGGAAAUAUCUUCUGAAAAAAAAAGUGCCGAAGAAAAAGAAAGACCGGUAUCAGAUGAAGCCCAUCGUUGCAGCGACGGACGCGGCGUACGGGACUCUGAAUGUGAAGGUGUCGGGUUACGACAUGACGCUGGUGGAGCGCUACGCCCAGUAUGUCCACAACCUCUGCAACCGGCUCGGCAUCAAAGUGGCACUGUGCUAUGCUCUGCCGACCAAGACCACAGAGGUCAUGCUAAUGCAAGAGCAAGGCACCAAGAUGUACACGGACGCUGUCCUAAAGACUCACGAGCGAGUCGUCCAGUUGAGCAGUCUGAACACCACGCUGUGUCCCGUCUUCAUGGACGUUCUUUUAAAGAAUCAACCGGAGGGAGUUCAACUCUCUGUGAAGGAGCACACCGAGGCUGAUUACAAAGCGCGGUUCAAGGUGCGUCCAGAGCUGGAGGACCUCAUGGCUCAGAUGAACCAGUAGGGGCCUGUGACAUUUCCAAGCUCUGAUUUCCACAACUGCUCGUGACACAGAUGUUACUUGUCUUAAGCGAGGAAUACCGGUUUGACUUUGUUUAUUUAUUCCCUGGCAUUCCUCAGUGAAAUGCUGUUAAAGGUGAUCAUUUGCAUUGAAAUAACGGCGCACAUUUAUAUUGGACGUUCUUCUGUGACAUGGAAAAUAAAAUCCCUCCUGUUCUUUCCAACUUAA